AUGGAGCCGGGAGAGGAGGCGGAGGAGGAGGAGGAGGAGCGGGUUCCUGUGAGUACAGGGUCUGCGGAGGGGUUCGGGCAGGCGGCCUUUGGGGGCAAUGUGGCGGGAGGACAAGAGAGAGGUCAGCAAAGUGGCCUGAGUCUGGUGGAGGCCACCAAGACAGUCAGAGGGCUGGAGCACACGGUGCAUGAGGAGAAGCUGCGGAGGCUGGGUUUGUUUGGCCUGAGGAGGAGGCUGAAGCCUAUUGCAACAACCCCACCACAUCGUCGCUGGAAGGAGGAAUCCUUAAGCCGCAGCAGUAGCGAAACCCAGGCAUCGGUUACCAGUGGGAUCUCCCUAGGAGAAGCAAUACGUCAGAAAACUGCCAUUAAUUGGGGAAUCGAGCCAUGGUAUCAACUUCCAGCAGAAGAGGAUGCCAGCCAUUUAACUGCUGCCUCAGAGACAAAGCUUGGCCUGACUUGUGAUAGAAAUGACCUGACGGAGUUCCCUACGCUGGAGGAAGGAGUGUUGCCUUCAGCAGAAGCAUCUAGAAGACAGUCUCCUGGAGAUAUAGCACAUGGCUUACUGCUGGAUAUUCAGGACAGUCGAUUCUCUCCCUGUCUUCCACUGCUGAUGUAUUCAACACGAGGCCGAAGAUUUUCAGAUGAGACACUUCUCCAGCAAUCAGAAAUGGAUUUUAUUCCCCUACGAGGAGUCCCUGAUGUUUCUGGUGCGUCUGAGGAGCAUUCAAAGCCUUCGCACACCCGUGAAGCUGUGUCGCUGACAGACACGGAACCUCCCUCUAAUGCACCCAGUGACUGCUUUACUUUGUCCCAGCAUCCUCUUCCAUUCAGACAUGUGGAACCUUGUGAUGCCACUUGUAGUGGUUCUUUGUCUCAGCAAACCUCUUUUUCUGGACAACUACUUGUGAGCAAGGAGGCAAAUGAAGACUGUAAAAAUGGUACUAAUGAGGAGGCAUUGAUUCCCCAAACAAGUGACAAUUUAGCAAACUCCAUUUCAAAGGUGAUGCUAACCAAGGCAAAUAGACUGAACCAAACGGAAGCUCCUCUUGCAAAGCAGACCUGUAGCACGUCUGUAAAAGGUGAACGUUUCUCUCGUGACAGCAGUGUGCCAGCUACUGUUUUUGAGCUUUCAGAGAAAGAAAAAGGGUUCCUGAGGCAUGAGGAGUUCUCAUCUUCAGAAAACUCCUCUUGUAAAACAGCACUGACUAAGAAUUCAGAAAAAAGUGAAAGAAAGAUGCAAAAGGAAAAGGUAAAAAUGGUUGAGAGUGAGUCAGAAGGGUGCAUGAGGCAACUAGAGAAGCUGGAAAAAGAAAAGAAGGUUCCUGAGCUUGAUUUGUCUAAUAAUUUAUCUGACAAUUUGAGGAAAGACAAUUGUAAAAAUUCAGAUGCUCAAGAUGUUUUUUCUGAAACAGGCGAAGGAGUGUCGAAGGAGCAUGGAGUGGAUUUAAAUGGCUCUGAAAGCUUGAAGUUCGUGGCUGUUACUGAGGAAGUCCAGGGAGCUUUCCUAGAUCAUCAGCAGAAACAACUAUCUCCUGCAGUGAGAUCUGAGAAAGAGGAGUUUAUCCCUACUGUGACAAGCACCAGUGAUUGUGCACCUAAACAACUAGUUGUGACUGACAUGGAAGCUCCUUCUUCCUGCAGUGAGGCUGGCCCAGUGGAAGUAGAACCUGGAGUAAGCAGGAGUGAAUUAACUAUUUCAGAUUUUUCCAUAGAAAGAGGACAUAAAGUUACAGGCAUUUCCCCUUCCUUUAAUCUUGUAGGUGAUGGCUCAUUCUCUGUACACUUUGCUCAUCCAAGCUAUCAGUCUACUCCAGGGAUACUUCUAAAGAAAAAUGUUAAGCCAGAAGAACUUGGUGUCCUUGUGAGCAAAUCAGAUAUUCAGGCCUCUCCUUCAUGCUUAAAUGAAGAAACUUCAGGGAACUCAUCUACCAGUACACCUGUAUCUGUUGAGAAGCAACAUUCACUCCCAUGUGCUCAGAAGGAAAACAAUGAACAUUUUGAGUCCUUAAAAUGGAAAUAUCCCCACACUGGAAGAAUUCAGUCUCUCCCAUCGCUUAGUUUCAUGGAAAAGGUAGGAGCUUGGAACGUGAGCCAGCCAGAGGAGGUAUCUGAUGCAGUGACUUCAUGUGACCCAGGUGGAGUUUCUCCUAGAAGGAAAGCCUACAGUGCAAUUGCCAGUUCUUCAAACAAUAUUUUGUCAACACAAAAAAGCAGUAGAGACGCCAAGGAUUAUGUUGCUGCUUGCUCUAGAGAGGCAGGUUCCCUGGGAAGUUUGCAUUUUCAUAAUAAAAACUUACUGCUUGUCCAUCCUCUUACUAGAUCUCAGUCUGACAACGCGGUAAAUGUUUCUGGUAGGAUCACGUCCUCGGUUGAAGUUAUUCCACCAGCAAACUCAACAGAGGCAUUGCAGUCCCUAGAAGAAAAAAGUAAUGUUUUAGGAGUGUCUGAAAAUAGUUCCGGAGGCUCAAUGAUACAAAAGUUUACAGCUCAGAUUGUUUCUGGAUCUAGUGGUGAAGAUGUAGAAAGUAGUAAUACAGGACAAAGUUCAGACCCAAAUGUUUUUGUUUCCGGUGAAGGAGUUGCUCAGCUCCUUAGAGAGGAUGGAAACUCUCCAACUGAUGACCAGAAGAACUGUGAUGCUCCUGAAAAUCAGUCUCACAACCUAAAUAUUCCUACUGGCUGUGUCAGCAUGGACAAUUUUGUUGAUAUUUCCCCAGAUAGUUUGAAUCUUUCUGUUAGUUCUGGGGAAAGUAGCCAGGGGGGCUUGGGCUCUGCAGGGUACCCUUCGGUGUUUUCCAGGCACUUCUUCACCAGUGCAAAAGAUGAUAACGUCAUCCCCGUUGGAGCAACUUCUUUGGAAACUCCAGAGAAAGAAGAGCUUAAUAUUGAAGAAAGGAUCCCAAUAUAUCUUCGCAACCUUGGCAUCGAUCAGUCACCUGGUACUAUACUGACGCCAUUUGUACCCCGAGGACCGAUCAGGGAGGUUGAAUUUUCCCCUUCAGAGCUUAGAACGCUGAAGGACUCCACUGACACACUGACAAGGACUGUUCCGCAGCCGCAAGGUAAAUUGCUGUCAGCAGUUGAAAUUACGCAAACAAGUUUUAACUCUGGCACUUCCACUCUCAGUAUGUCUAUACCGAUGAAUUCAGAACUUGGCUCUGAUAUUCUGUCACCCCGUGAACUCUCUCCCCGCUUCUCAAGAUCUUUUGGAGAAAAACCAGUGAGUCAGUGCAGUAUGUCGUGCCACCAACUGAAGAUAACAGCUCCCAUUUCCACACGACGGGAGACAGAGUGUUCAGCUGUCUCCAAACCAGCUGAACCAAACCAGCAGCUGCAGACUGUUUCACCUGACUGCCGUUCUGACAGAGAGAGUCCCAUGCUUGUUGCAAAAAGCGUUCAGGAUCUGCUAGCUAAAAAUGAGUCGAAAGAUGUGAAUAGCAACCUGCAGAGAUGGACUGCCAGUUCUUCAGCUGGAGUUAAAAAUGAAAUGGAAGUUGACAGAGGAUCACAAAUUUCAAGUGUAGGUAGUAAGAGAAAUAAGGGUCAAGAAAGUGAUUCUUUGAUUGGAUCUGGUGCAUUGCAAGAAAUACAUAAACUUUUGGCAGAGGCUGAGGAUAUAGCUGGCAGGUGGUGUGAUCCUGUCUUUUCCACUGCCUCUUCUAGGGAAACUGGUGAGUCUUCCCCAGUGCUGAUUAGAAAGGAGGAUGGCCCUGAAGAUUCCAGGUUAGUGAAAGGCAGCAUCCCUCAGUUUCAGAAGAUGCUGUCACGGGAUGAGACUAUGACCCGAAGAAGUAUGCAAGAAGGGGGGUCAGUAGUAAAGCCUCUGAAUUAUAACACAGGCAAUUUAAGAUGGGAAAAUUCUUUUGAAGUCAAUUUGCGCAAUAGUGAAGAGAUGAUGAAGGGAAUGACCAAAGAGUUUAGGACAGGAAAAUCCGUAGGAAGGUCUGAGCCAGAAGGCUGUAGUAGUGUAACUACAGACAGAAAUCAACCUGGUUUUGUGGGUCUUGCACAAAGCAAUGGAAGUAGUGAAGUCAGCUCUGGAAGAACUUCAGAGCUGGGGAAUCCUUCUUCCUCAGAGCCUCUAGGCAGUGUCACUGAUGUUGCAGCAGGCUUCCAGAAUAUGUUGUCUAAAGCUAGUGUAGCUGGAAGCAAAUCAGGAGGCAUGCAAGAGUGCGAUGACAGUAGCAGUGGAGAUUCACUAGCUGCGUGUGUCAAAAACCUUCUGAGAAAUGGAUCACCUGUGAUACAUACAACACAAACUCUGAAGAGUGCAGAUGAAGAGGAGAGGAAAGCACGAGCAUGGGUGAAGCUAAAACUGGCCAGCCGAUCUCAGGAAUCUGUGUCAGACUUUAAUGAAGAGGACCAACAAAGAAUAGAGGAAAUAAAGGCAGAGCUGCUUCUGAGUGCCAAGAAAUCUGCACUAGCCAAGGAUCCACAGGUAUGUGUUUUGGAAGCUGCUUCUGAGUAUAGCCGUAAUCAGGAACAGGACAUAGAGCAUUUCAAAGCUCCAAGUGACAAAAGAUUUCAAACCGACAAACAAACGCAAGCUGUCAGGACUAAGGAGCUUUUAGAGUCAAGCUUACGACAAGCUGUGCCAUUAUAUAGAGCUGAUCCUUCUGACUGUUGCCUGCUGAAGGAUACGCAGUUUAAAUCUUUGAGUACCAUUCAAACACCUAUCUGCAACCAACAUCAAACAGUUGCAACUAGUCAUUCUGAUGCUGUUGUUGAAGUUCAUCCAUCAUUGCUGAAGGAAUGGGACACAGGUGCAAUGAGGUCUGCAGCGGCUUCUGAUAUACAAGCAGAAGUCCAUUUAUCAGCUCAGAAGCAGCUGUCUAUGGAGAAGUGUUCUGAAGAUAUGGCUAAGCAAAUUACUUCUAUCACCUUUUCGUCCCGAAAACGUUUGCAGUCACCAUUGACUUCCAUGGCACUCAGCAGUAGUCUUACUAGAGAUGGUCUUGAUGGGAUAAUGCCUUUGGAGGUUGACUCUGCUAGCACUGAGGAACAGAGCCAUGGCAAACAACACUGGGAAAGAUCUAAGACCUGUCCUCCUUCAAGUCCAAUGCUUGCUGGCUCAGUGUCUAAUGAGAUUGCUUUUACUGCUGAGAAAGACAGGUUUCAUCAUGUCUCUGCUGACAGUAACAGAGUUGGAGCUUAUCAAGAAACAGACUGUUUGUCAGAUCAGGAUUCUGUAAGCAUCCAUGCUGAUAAGAGACAGACCCUUAGCGCAAAAAAUUCUGAUGUUCUGCCUCAAGAUGUGACUGAAUUGGGCAGGCAUAGUGCCAGACUCGUGGGGCUUGACUGCGAUACAAGAUUCAGUAAAGAAACGAAUAGAUUUAAUGAACUCCAUUCUAUAAGCUCUUACCAGCAGGAGAAAAGCAGUCCACCUGGACGCAUCCAAUUACAUGAGAGCUUAGAAGGUUCAGAUCCAGCCGUACAAACUGAUUUGCUGAAGGGCCAUAUUAAGUUAUUGGAAGAAGAGAAGAAAAGUCCUUCUGAUGAAGUACCUGUCGUUCAGAAAGAGAUUGAGAGAGAGCAAAUUGGUAUGUCUCGCCAUUCAUCUACGGAUGAGAUUUUAUCCACCACGUCUGUUUCUCCUUCAUCACCAACUAAGAAAGUACUGUCUUGUGUCCACAUAACUCUUUCCUCAAAGUGUAAUAACUCAGAGCUGCAUGGUGAUGUGAGUACUGAAAGUGAGAUGAGAUCGUGGGAUAAACCUGAAGUUAAUACUCAACCAGCGUCUUUAAAAACUCCAGAAACUUUAAUGGAAGCUGUUUCUAAAUUAUCAGCUGCUGACCUUAUUCCAGAAGAUCAAAGAUCUUCAUCUUUCCCAAUGCCAGUGUCUUCAGCAGAUCCCUGCCUAGUGCUUUCCUCUGUUACAAUCACAGCAGGGCAAGAGCUGCCUCUGCAAAGCAGUGAAAGACCAGAAGUCACUGUUCUGGUUUCAGGGGGAUGUAGUCUGAAGAAUAUCUUCAACUCUGUAGUUCCUGCAAAAACUGGGAAAAGUACUUCUGAUGCUACCACUCAGAUAACAACAGAAAGCCCUGAAAAAACAACCUUUUCAGCAGAAAUAUAUGUUAAUUCACAAGACAGUGAAAAUGCUGGCCACCAGUCGUCUCUCCAGAAAGCACAUGAACUUCCCAACAAUACAACUUCAUCUCUUAACAAGAUUUCCUCUUUCCCAAGGCAGAGUGAUCAGCCCUUAUUGCUGCCAUAUAAACCUUCUGGAAGUACUGGGAUGUAUUAUGUUCCUUAUCUCAAGGCAGGAACCAAAAUUUCUCCAGUUGGGUCAGAAACCAGUGUUGAGAGCUUUCACUCAGGGUCAAAUGAUGCCCUUCCUCCAAGGUUUCCGGCAAACGUGCUUGGUUUAAGGGAUGAUAAUCCUCCAGACAGUAUGGCUAUCAAGCAUAAACAGGGAAUCUACAGUAAGAGGGCCAAGCCCAAGCUAGCCUGGGCUGAGGAGCAAAAGAUACCACUGGAAGCUUCCCCAGAAUGCACAGAUCAUUCGAAGCCUGUAAAAACCACUCAUUCAGUCUUCAAAUCUGCACGGUUCGACCUUCAUCAUCCAAUGCCCAUGUGUGAGAGCUACUUCCUGUCUAACAGCGAGCUGUCAGAAGACAGUUCUGGUAUUGGGCAUGCUAGACCUUCCUCAAGUGCUGUCUUGCAGAAUCGGAAAAAUGCACAUUGUCAUCAACGUGUUUUCUCUGUUCGUCAUAAAAAAGAUGGUGAAAAUGAAUUCUUUCCACUCGCUGCAGAAGCAGAUUACAGCAAGAACGAGGAUCUAAAUGUCAGCACAUCUUUGGGGAAUGAAACGUCAGGGAAGGAGCUACUUCAACAUGGCAGAAGAGAAGCAGAACAAAAGGCAGCUAGAAAUUAUCCUUUGCCAUGUAGCCAAACAACUCUCCUUAAUGAGAAUGUGGAGAAAGAACUACCACCAAGACAGAGAACCCACUCCAGUGCUAGCUUAGAUGAACUCUGGAUUAAGUUUUUGGAGUGCCGGAAGAGACACCAGCACCAUGAUUUUAGGAGUAACAGGGAGCUGUCCCUUGUUGAACGCCUUGAUCGAUUGGCCAGGGUCCUUCAGAAUCCCGUUAAGCAUACAAUAAUACCAACAAAAUCUGAAAAGAAUGUUUCUGAAAAGAAAAUAAAGGAAAGAGAACAGAAGAAAAUAAGACUGCCGGAAAAGCGCAUGUCUGAAAGUACCUUAGAGCCUAAUGUAACACAUGUUGAAGAAAGACCAUGUAUCACCCAUCAUAAAAACAGCCUUGUUGAGCUCAGGAAAAAUAGAUCAGGAGAGAAAAUUAUCUGCCACAUGAAUAAAAUCUUGGAGCACCAGCAGUACUUGGAAACUCCUAGUGACACUUCCUCAGAGGCAAGGCUUAGUAGAGAUCAUGGCACCACGAUCAGUUCCACCACCUCUGAAUCCGAUGUGGUGACCCAAACAGAGAUGGAAACUGCUACUCAGACUGAGGUGAGCAGUUCCAUUUCCACCAUUGAUACUGCCAGGCUGAUCAGGGCUUUUGGGCGUGAAAGAGUGCAGGUGUCGCCAAGACUCUCCCAGCUUUAUUGUACCAUCAACCACCAGAAAAGUCGCUCUGAGAAGUGGGACAAGGGAAGUGGCAAAGCAGUGGGUGUAGAAUAUCCAAAGGUUGCUUCUGAGAGACACAGGAAAAGGAAAGAGAUCCAGAAGGCAAUCUCCCUUUCAUCGGAUUCAACUUCUGCAAGCAGCAGUUCUUGGGGGCCAAGCUCUGCUCUUAGUAACAAGCGGCGGACACGGAUGCUAAACAAAGGUAUCCAAGCAGGAGACUUGGAGAUUGUGAACAGUGCAACUAAGAAAAACACUCGAGAUGUUGGCGUGACUUUUCCUACCCCAAGAUCUAGCCAGCCAAAUCAACGGCCACAGGAACCCUGGCAUUCCGUUGAUGGUCAUUUUGGAGAGUCAGAUGGUAUGGUCACAGAUCAUCAGGCAGCAGGAAGCAAGGAUAAGCAGAAGGGACAGCCAGGCAAUUUUUUCGUGGAGAAAAGGACAAAAAGGAGCAGGCUGCAUUUACCACAAGGGAUUUCAUGGUUCGUCCAGGCAGAAGACUUGAAAUCUGAAUCUAGGAAAGAAAACCAUUCCAAUUCCUUUUCUGGUCCUGGUCCAUCUUGGUUUGAACCAUUGACCAGCACAAAGCCUUGGAGAGAGCCUCUCCGAGAGAAGAACUGGCAAGAGCAGCAGCACAGCAACAUGAUUCAGCCAGCAGUUCCAGAAAGAGAGGCUGAGAACAGGUCCUUGCGGCCGUUCGUGAAGCUUACGCUACAGGAGGCUCUUGCAGUGCAUCGCCCUGAUUUCAUCUCCCGCUCUGGAGAGCGUGUGAAGCAUCUGAAGCUUGUAAUGGAGGAAAGGAGGAUACAGAGCGUACUGCAGUCUGAACGAGAAGAGCUAUUUAAUCCUCCGGAGAAAAGAAAGGGCUACAGGAAUGCUAGUCACAUGCUGUCUGACAGAGGUUUUCUGACUAGAGAAAACAGAAGAACAAUUCCGAAGAGUGAAAUGGUUCAAAGAUCUAAACGGAUCUAUGAGCAGCUGCCAGAGGUGCAGAAGAAGCGAGAGGAAGAGAAGAGAAAAAUGGAAUACAACUCAUACCGCCUGAAAGCACAGCUUUACAAAACGAAAAUCACCAACCGUGUCUUAGGGAGGAAGGUGCCUUGGAACUGAUAAAGAUCUCCUGUUCAAACGAAGGUGUAUUGUGCUUAGUAAACGUGCAGCAUAAAGGAGAUUGUGAUAUGAAAAAGAUGAUGCAGUCAAUACGUGUGCAGUGUACGUUUUGUGGUAUUCAGUUGUGUCACUUUUGUACUAAUAUAAUCUUGCCGUAUUUAAGAAUCAAUGAUUUGAUAUGAAUGACAGGUUUUAAAAUAUAUGGCUGGUUUUUGUAGUGAUAUUAUGAGCUUCCAAAGUAAACAUAGUUUGGAAGGACUUGGUUCGUAAUGUAUUUAUAACUACCUGAUUGGAAUAGCAGUUUUAUAUAUUUAUUUUAAAUUGUUUGUAACAAUGAUUUUUUUAAUUAUUUUUUAUUUCCUAUCUCAAUGUAGAAAACUUACUUGUAAUGUUUUGUACUGCAAAAACCCCUUAAAUAAAUAACAUCAGAUCAGUUUGUAGUAACUAUUGCAGCAAUCAUGAAAUGUAUCUUCGCUGUCUGUAUGAGCAACAUCUAGAGAAACCGGGCCGUGAUCACCUUUUCCUCUACCCAACACAGAGCUAAAGAACUCACAAGGUAACUGUAAUGGCUGUUUAAAC